AUGUACGGCGCUGUGUUACCAUCUAUCAUGCAGCUUAGCGUUCGUUUUAUACAAGCGGAUACUUUCAAUUUUUCAUCAUAACUUGAGAAAGACUUACGUUGUUUCUCUAGAAUGGCCGAUUCAGAUCGGGACAGAGGUGGUCGGAGACGCAGACAUCGAGGGAGGCGAAGGGAACGCCCAGGGGAAAGAGAGGUAGAUGAAGGUUCAGUUGUCUCGGUAACUACUCCUAGCAAACCGCCGAUCAUUUUGGCCAAGCCUCCGAGUGAGCGGGGUCUGGAUGAUUCUCCCUCUUCUGGAUCAAGUACUCUGUCAUCCUCCAUGAUGACCACAACCCACAGAUCUGCAGACAAACCUGUUGUCAUGCUGAGGUCACGUGACGAAGGACGCUCCAUGCCCUCUGCCAACCUUCCCAGCAUUCCCAGUGCACUGUUGUCAGGAGAGAUGCAUGUUGGCCAAGGUUACCAUGGCCAUCCAAGGUCGGUGAUCUCCGGGCAUCCCACUGUCAGAGAAGGAGCACAAUCAAGCCGGCCUCUGAACCUCCCGGACGUACAAGGCUCUGUGAAACUGGUGGAUGAGAACUGGCAGUGGUGUGAUAAAGGCAUGGAGAUGCUCCUGGAUCAAACAGAUUACUUGGUGGUUGGUGUUGUGGGCUUGCAAGGGGUGGGGAAAUCUACACUCCUCUCUCUUCUUGUGGGGAAUUCUACAUCUGACUCUCCCAGGUCAUUUACAUUUCCUCCUGAGAGUAAGGAUGGACGUGAAAAUGGAUGUCAUCAGACUAGAGGUAUUGACAUGUAUGUGACAGGGGAGAGAAUCAUCUACCUGGACACACAGCCUGUGUUGAGUGCCUCCGUAAUGGAUCAUCUGAUCCAUCAUGAAAAGAAAUACCCGACAGAAUUCACUAGCGUGGAGAAUUGUGUUCACAUGCAGUCAUUACAGCUGGCCGCCUUCCUGAUGACAGUGUGCAAUGUGGUCCUUGUGGUACAGGAUUGGUUUGCAGAUCUCAACUUCCUCAGGUUUCUCCUAACAGCCGAGAUGCUGAAGCCAGCCUCCCCAUCAGGCAGCAGCCAGGAGUCUGGGUCUAACCCUGAGGAUUCUGACGACUACCACCCCCACCUGGUGUUUGUACAGAACCAAGCUUCCAGGGAGGACUUUAGCAUGGACACAUUCAGGUCUUAUCAACAGACAUUAAGCAUGCUGUUCAGGGACUCUAAGCUUCGCUGUAAAGGUUCCUUGACACUGGCUAAUGGCUCUGUGAUCUCAGGACUUAACAGGAAAACCAUUCGGUCAGAUGUGAACCUGUUUCUCCUGCCAUCAUAUGAUACAGCCACCUCCUUUGACAGAGAUAGCAUACUGACUCUGCUGCCAGAGUACAGAGGGUUCCCCAGCUUCAACACUCUGCUCAGGUCGCUCAGAGGACAGUUGUAUGGAGUCCCACGCUACCUUCUGACACACACAACUCUGUCUGAGAAAAAACUGGUGAAGAAAUCCCAGGUGAUGACAGAGUAUAACGACUCUGAUCUUACUGACACACAGGCUGUCUGUACAUGGGACCAGGUGAAGAAAUCCCAGGUGAUGAGGGAAUGUAACAGACUGUGA